AUGUCGAAUGAUAAUCACAAAACUGAACUAACCACCCUACUUAAUGAACUAAUGUCUGAUAUUGACUCAAAGCCACUAAACCCCAAAAAUAAACUGCUCCUCUACAGUCGCUACGUCUUGUCCAAGUUAGCCUGGCACUUCACCGUCGCAACACUCUCUAAAACAUGGGUUACUGAAAAUAUCGACUCUAUUGCCAACAAAUAUAUCCGCAGAUGGCUUGAAGUACCAAUAUCAGGAACACUAAGUACUGUCUUUCUAACAAAUAACAAAUUUGGCCUGAGUAUUUAUCCUCCAUCUGUAAAAUUUAUCCAGUGUCAAACAGUCCUCCGAAAAGCUUUAAAAUCUUCUCCCAAUGAAUCAACUAACGACCUGUGGAGAGCAACCAGUAACCAUACUAAUAUCCAAUAUGACGCUUAUAGUUCUGCUAAGGAAGUUCUCAAAGAUUUCCGUUCUGGACACGAAAACAAACUCCUAAACCAAUUAACCAGUCAAGGAUCCUUUUUCUGUAGCGUCACGAAGUUCGCUUUACCUCAACUUAACAAG